AUGUAUGUGGAAAUGAAACUGGUGUCUAUUCUAUUGUUAUUGUUGGUUAGCGAUUAUUCUUUUGCGCUUCCUCAACUUGAUUUACAAGAAGAUGCAUUAUAUGCAUUGAAGUUAUCUCUGAAUGCUUCGCCCAGCCAACUUACAAACUGGAACAAAAAUCAAGUAAAUCCUUGUACUUGGUCCAGUGUUUACUGCGACCAAAAUAGCAAUGUCGUUCAAGUUUCACUAGCUUUUAUGGGAUUCACUGGAUCCUUGACGCCAAGAAUAGGAGCUCUAAAACGUCUUACAACUCUUUCUUUACAAGGGAAUAGCAUCACUGGCGAGAUACCAAAAGAAUUUGGAAAUCUUACAAGUUUGGUGAGAUUGGAUCUGGAAAACAACAUGUUAACCGGUGAAAUACCAUCUUCCCUUGGUAAUCUUAAAAAGCUUCAAUUCUUGACAUUAAGUCAGAACAAUCUCAAAGGGACUAUUCCAGAAUCACUUAGCAGUCUCCCAAACUUGAUCAAUCUUCUGUUAGAUUCAAAUGAUCUCAGAGGACAAAUUCCAGAGCAGUUAUUCAAUGUUCCUAAGUACAAUUUCACUGGAAAUAAGUUGAAUUGUGGAGUGGGUUAUCAGCAUCUUUGCAUAUCUGAUAAUGCAAAUCAAGGUUCUUCACAUAAAUCAAAAGUAGGCGUCAUAGUUGGAACAGUUAUAGGUUUGAUUCUUCUUCUUUUUCUUGGUAGCCUUUUGUUUUGCUGGUGCAAAGGGUACAAGCGUGAAGUUUUUGAAGAUGUUCCAGGUGAAGUUGAUCGGCGGAUUACAUUAGGUCAAAUAAAAAAGUUUUCCUGGAGAGAACUACAGAUAGCUACAGACAACUUCAGCGAGAAAAAUGUUUUAGGACAGGGAGGGUUUGGAAAGGUUUACAAAGGUGUUUUAGCUGAUGGGACAAAAAUUGCAGUUAAAAGGCUAACUGAUUAUGAAAGUCCCGGGGGUGAUCAAGCUUUCCAGAGGGAAGUUGAGAUGAUAAGCGUAGCUGUCCAUAGGAACCUUUUACGGCUCAUUGGGUUUUGUUCUACUCCAACCGAACGCCUCUUAGUUUAUCCUUUCAUGCAGAACUUAAGUGUUGCUUCUCGAUUACGAGAGCUCAAACCCGGGGAAUCCGUUUUGAAUUGGGCUACAAGAAAAGGAGUGGCUCUUGGAACAGCCCGAGGCCUUGAAUAUCUUCAUGAACAAUGCGAUCCUAAAAUUAUUCAUAGGGAUGUAAAGGCGGCAAAUAUAUUACUCGAUGGAGAUUUUGAAGCAGUUGUCGGUGACUUUGGUUUGGCAAAACUGGUUGAUGUUCGAAGGACUAAUGUGACAACUCAAAUUCGUGGGACAAUGGGCCAUAUAGCUCCUGAAUACUUGUCAACCGGAAAGUCUUCAGAAAAGACAGAUGUUUUUAGUUACGGGGUUAUGCUUUUGGAGCUUGUUACAGGUCAACGUGCAAUUGACUUUUCGCGUUUGGAAGAUGAAGAUGAUGUGUUAUUGCUUGACCAUGUGAAGAAGCUACAGCGGGAGAAAAAACUAGACGCCAUUGUUGACAGCAACCUUAAAAAAGAGUACAACAUAGAAGAGGUUGAAAUGAUAGUACAAGUUGCAUUACUGUGCGCACAAGGUAUGCCAGAGGAUCGUCCGGCAAUGUCAGAGGUUGUAAGAAUGUUGGAGGGAGAAGGGCUGACUGAAAGGUGGGAAGAAUGGCAGCACGUGGAGGUUAGUCGGAGGCAAGACUCGGAGAGACUGCAAAGAAGAUUUGCAUGGGGAGAAGAUUCAAUUCAUAACCAAGAAGCCAUCGAGUUGUCGGGUGGAAGAUGA